AUAAUUGUUGGUGAGUAGUCUCCAUCAAUAUAUUGUACCUUAUUUAAGACUUCACAUAGUUCUCUUGCUGCUAGCAUUUAAUGGUUUUUGUAUGUUCAUUUCAAUGAUAGGAAUUUGCAUGGUUAUUGAAAACAAAUUGUGAAUUUCAUAGUAAAAGGUUCAGGAUAUACAAGCACUCCCAGAGGUAUUUUUUAUUCUUCAUUCUUGCUGCACUCCCAAAGGGUAUGGGGCUACAGAAGAAUUAUGAAGAUCUCAAAAGACAAUUUCCAGGCAGUGAACAUCAUAAUUCUUCCGACGAAAAGAAUAAUAGUGCUCAAGAGGAUCUGAUUAAAGAAGUUACUCUUUUGGAGCUGAGGUUAUGUAUUUGGAGAAAUGUCUUCUUUCAAUGUACCAAAAAGAAUUUGCUAAGUAGUUAGAAUCAAUGUCUAUGAAGGAUGACAGAAGAAAAACCAGUUCAGCUCCCAAAGUAAGGAAACAUUCUGAAGUCAAGAAGCACAACAGGAACACAAAGGAAAGUGCAAUACGUAAUACUAGUCCUUCUCUGCCACCUGUUGGUAAUCCACCAGAAGAAUGUAAUGGGACAACGGGAAAUCCAAGCCUGGUUGAUACUACUGUUCUGAGAAGCCACUCAUCACUGUCUCACAAUGCUUCUGCUUUCAAACCUUCACCUCUAGUUGGAGUGCUUGCUGAUGCUGUAGAUUCGUAUCAUUCUUUGCCUUUAUCAAUGCUGGAGUACUCCAGCAUUGGAAAAAAAAUACAGAGAUACUACUUAUAUUAUUGCCAUUAUCUGUUUGUGAUGCAACUUACAAUGCCAAAUUGGAUCGUGUAAUUGCAACCAGCGUGCUCAGCCAUAUAUUUUCAGCUUGCUCACACCCCUUUGUUCAGCUAUGGUUACCCAUUCUCUCCAAUCUCAUUAUCAUCAUCAGUGCUGGAAUCUUUUCCUCAAGGUCAGAAUGAUAUGGGGGCUUUACAAUGUGAAGGAAGUUCUUAUUCAACACUGAAUAACCCUUUUCACAUUAAAGAGCUAAAAGAAUUUAGUGGAUCUUUUGUCACUAUGACUGAAGUGCAAGGGCUACGUCGAGAUAAACGGAGCUUAGAUGGUGUGUAACGCAUGUUACAACAUUUUAGAUAUCUAGUCUCGAAGUUGAAGGAAGUUGAUCCUAGAAAAAUGAGGCAUAAUAAGAAGCUGGCUUUCUGGAUUAACGUUCACAAUGCACUAGUGAUGCAUGAGUUCUUGGUUUAUGGGAUUCCACGAAGUACUCUUAAGAGAGUAUCUCAACUUCUCAAGGCUGCUUAUAACAUUGGAGGGAAUACAGUAAGUGUGGACAUGAUUCAGAGUUCUAUACUAGGGUGUCGAUUGCCCCGUCCUGGUCAGUGGAUUCAAUCAUUGUUGUUCCCAAAACAAAAAUUUAAGGCUGGAGAUGCAAGAAAAGGAUAUGCAAUAGAGCACUCAGACCCUCGUCUACGUUUUGCUCUAUGCUCAGGAAGCCAUUCUGAUGCUCUGCUUCGCUUGUACACACCCAAGAGAGUGUUCCAAGAGCUUGAAGUGGCUAAAGAAUACCUUCAGACAAACACAGUGAGGAAUCUCAUGUGAAUGAGGUUGAUUUGUGCCCUUCUAGUUCGAUGGAAAUGAUAGAGCUCGCAUUGCCUGAACAUUUCAUAAAGAAAUAUCAAGGAAGAAUGUGAAAGAAAAUUGAGUGGAUUCCUCACAACUUCACUUUCCGUUACCUAAUUUCACAUGAAUUGCUUGAGUCCGUCAUAUCCUUCUGAUCUAAUUCACUGUCAACGGUUUUGAAUGACAGUCAAUCACAGUAAGUGUAUCAAUAAAACAAGUUGAUCAGAAGAAUAUGAAGGAAAAUAGUUCAAGAUACUAUUUCAGCUACCGAGGCUGAAACAGGUUUGAAGCAGUUGUGAACGAGGCACAUUUAGCAGAUGGUUUUUGAGCUGCUAAUCUGAGAAGUGGCAUAGUAUGAUCCUUUAUUUUUCUUGGCACGCCCGUAUCAGCAGGUGCAGCAUAUACUUUGUAUUGAUUUUCAAAAUACAUUAAAACUGCAUGUACUUGUACUGGAUGCUUAAACACACGUGUAUCCAGCACGUACCCAUACAUAGUUGAUCGAGUCCAUGAAAUAUAAUGUGUGAUUCAACUGUAAUUUUCUCAUUGUAAUGAACGAGUUUGUAACAUGCGGAUCAAAAACUAAAUCACCAUUGGAUUUGAGCAGUUGUUCUAGAUAGCACAUGUAAGGCAAAAGCCCAAAAGGCUAGCAUAUACCGCCAUGGAAGGAAAUAUAUUGCCAAGAAAAUGUAUCUGGUCCAUCCGAUGGGUUGACUUUAUUUGUUUGUGUUGAGAAUACAACUAAAUGAUUAAAUUGUGCUCUCAACAGCAUAAUCUUUU